UCAUAAAUUCUUUAAUACCUUUUUUUCAAUAAAUACUUAAUAGUUGAUGUGUCCACGAUUCUGUAUUUGUAAAAACCUUUUAAAUAAAUUUGAUUUAUAGUUUUAGUAAAUUAAGUAAAAUUUCUAAAGACUGUAGAUUGCAAUUUGAAGAGAUUAGAAUAAAUAUAUGAAUGUAAAUGAAUUUUGCAUUUUAUUUAUGAGCAUGACUUUGAAAAUUUACACUCUACAACCUAUUUUUUUUGUCUAUAAUGUGACGUUUAAAACUAUAACUACAUAUGCUACGUAUAUUGUGAUGUAAUUAUUAUUAUGUACAAAAUGCAAUUAGAAAGAUAGUAGGUAUAAUGUCCAGAAUCUGGUGAAUCGCGUUACUGCAACAGAUAAAAAGGUUCCAGAAUUUAUAUUUUCGUUUAAAAUAUGACGUUUCACGUGGCGUGGACUUACAUUAUUACAUUUCUGGAUUUUUUUGGAAUCAGUAUUUUUAUUCCACUUCUUUCGGGACAUUUAAAAAGUUUAGGAGCUAGUCACUUUUUUAUUGGAGUUCUCAGUUCCGUUUAUGCAGGAUGUCAACUUUUAAGUGGACCAAUUAUUGGAAGCUUGAGCGAUCGAUUGGGACGGCAAAAUAUUUUAAUUUUUUGCCUUAUAAUUACAUGUGUCUCUUAUUUUUUAAUGGGACUAACGAAUUCUUUAUUUUUCAUGUUAUUUUUACGAAUUACUUUAGGUAUUUUUAAACAUAUUCAAUCAUUAACAAGAACAAUAAUUGCUGAUCAUAUUUCAUCGAAAGAACAAACAAUAAUAUUUGGACGAAUAAAUGCAAUAGCAGGAAUUAGUUUCACUUUAGGACCAGCAAUUGGUGGACAUUUUGCUGAAUUUAAAAAUGGAUUCUUUUACAUUUGUUCAUUUACUUCUUUUAUCUUCAUGCUCAAUAUUGCAAUUGUUUACUUCUAUUUAGAAGAUUCUCCAAGGGAUAAAAUGAAGAAAGAGGAUAAAAAAUAUGUGAAUAAAAUUGAAUUGACAAAUUUAAUAAAAAUUAUUCCAAAUAAUUUAAUUGAUGCAAUUAGAAGACUUGGAAAUAUAAAUUGGAAUGAAUAUUUGGAUUUAUUUUUAAUUAAAUUUCUAACAUCAGUGGCUAAAGAUUGUUAUGUUAAUAAUUAUUCAAUAAAAGUACGUGAAAGAUUUCAAGUUUCAGCGAAAUUAAUUGGUUAUAGUUUAUCAUUGCAGGGAUUUUUUGCAGCAUUAAGCGGUCUAUCUAUUCGCUAUAGUAAUAAAUUAUUAUUUAAAAAUAAAUUAAAUUUAGAAAAGCACAAUAUUAUGAUUCAUAUUUUUGUUAGUCUAUGUUAUUUAGUUGUUGCGUUUACUGAGAGAGUGGAAAUUUUCGUCUUUUUUGGUAUGUUACUUGCAUUUGCAAAUGUUAUUUUAAGAGUACGAGAAGCUGAAAUUUUAUUUGAAAGAUGUCCCGAAUCUGAACGUGGAAGUUUAACGGGAAUGGGAACUAGUAUCACAAAUAUUGCCCGAAUGUUAACUCCAUUAAUCGUUGGGAUAGUUGAAGAUAUUUAUGGUUUAGGUAGUGGAAUUAUUUUAGGAUUAAUUAUUUCCAUUCUUGCGAUUUUUGUCUCGAUUAAUGCCAAUAGAACGAAAGCUGUGAUAAUGAAAAAUGACUGAUUAGUAGUAUUAUUGUUAUUGAAAAAAAAGAAGAACUUUUAUCAAUGUUAAAGAAUAUCGAAAAAAUUUUGUUUAACAUCUAAAAUAUUAAAAAUUGUUUUAAACACAAAUCGUACCUCAUAUAUUUUAAUAAAUAUUUAUUUUAUUAACUUUUUUUUUUACAACGUAAAAUAUCCAAAAGUUUAUACACUUUCUAAUUAAUAUAUAUUUUCUAUAUGUACAACGUUUUUGUUAAAGAAAAAUUUCGAUUUUAAAUUCACAAUAAUAAAAAAAAUGCCAAAGUAAAUUUACUUUUAUUAUU